CUUCAUUUCCUUUGCUGUUCUUUUCCGUUUCUUUCUCCUGCUUCUUCUUCUUCUGCUUCUUCUUCCUCCCCCAUGACAGAUUUUAGGAAUCGAAUUGGCUCACAGUAUGACUCACAAGGCCCGAAUUACAGUAGGCCUACGUCAUCUUCCGGCCAUCCGAUGUAUGGACAACCAACAUCACUCUAUCCCAAGAUCGGUGGCGCCACUGCUCACUCCGCCAAUUCCCUUUCCGCCAGUGGCCACGGCCGUAAUCCUCCUUUCCACUACGCUCCCUCUCCACCUUCUAGCUCUGGAAUUGGGAUUAGGGUUGCUAUUAAACCCGAGUAUCGAAUUACACCGCCGCCUCAAUUGUUGCCACAAGUUGGAGAGAUUCCACGAUGCAAUUUUCACUUUGAUUUUGAAUUUGAGAGGAAUGUUUUGGCUGAAGCUGUCAAGGAAAACCCCAAUUGGCGAAGGCUUGGGAUAGAAAUUGUUCCACCUAAAACAGCAGAAUCAUCCUCUUCUUAUGGCCCUACUGUAGAUCCUGUAGUGAGCAAGUAUAUAGCAUCAGGUCUUGGCAGAGAGGCAGUGCCACUUGCAGUUGCAAAUUAUGGAGACGAUCCCGCCAAGGUUAAAGAAUUUGCCAAUGGCUAUACUCUUUUGCGAGAGAUGGGGUUCCCGUCAAACAGCGUUGCUGAAGCCUUACUCAUGUUCGACAAUGAUACGGACAAGGCACUGGCUCAUGUUAUCAGCAAUUCAUCCUAAAUAACAGAGUUGGGAACAUUUUGGCGUGUUAUUAAUUGUUUUAUGUUACGAACAGUAAAUGUACUGUUGUAGUAAGCAAACUAAGUUUUCAUAACUAUUCUUAUUCGAAUGUAAAGGGAUUGCUGCUGAAAUAAACAAUUUGCCUUUUCAAUUA